AUGCUAUCGGCACCGCUCAUGGACACCGAAGGAGUUACAAGUGCUUUGCUGGCCUUUAGAGUGCAAUUCGUGAAAAAGCAGGAUGGUAAAGAAAUAGCUAUUUUCAAUCAUUACACUUUCUACUGUCGACAACAAACCCUUAAGACUGCAAGCUGGGUCUGUACGAACUCACACAGAUGCAAGGCGAGGAUAGUGAUGACUAAUGCAUUGGAGCCGUGGUCCCGAGUAAUGAAAUCCGCAAAACUUCAUCACACACAUCCACCCCCAACUUUCGUCAUCCACGAUGUACGGUGGGUAAAAAAGCGAGAUGGAAAAGAACUUGUUAUUUUCAACCAAUACACGUUUUAUAGUCACAUGAAAAGUAUGACUACUAUCAACUGGUCUUGUACUUCUGCUGGCUGUAAAUCUAGACUUAUUACUACCAAUGAAGAUAUGCCAUCGCAACGCUUCAAGUUCAUAAAAUCAGUAAACGGUCGGCCAUUGAUUUUGAUGGACAAUUACACGUACACUUUUGCUUCUGCAGCUCAUAAGAAAGGAACCAAACGGUGGAUAUGUACUUCGCGGUCCCAGAGAGACUGCAAGGCUAAGGUCAUAUUGAAUGGAGAUCAAGAAAUAGUGUUAGCUCAAACUGACCAUAAUCAUCUGCCUCCUCAAUACUUUUGCCUUAAUGGAGAGUACAUAAAGGUUCAUCACGCGGUAGUUCGUACAGAUUCUAAUGCUGAGAAAAUGCCCCCACCCAAUAAGAAAAGGAAUGAGCAUUAA